AUGCUGAAAGUGGAAGUGGGCCGCAAGAUUUCCGCAGACACGGAACGCUUGUCGCGGACGCAGGAGCUCGGGCAGCACCUGGGUGGAACGGGGGUCAUCAAGAAGAUUUUGGCGAGCCUUGACAUUGCCAAAUGCAAGACGGUGGUGAUCGACUUGUUCGCCCACGAUGGCUGGAUUCCCCUUGCAUGCUUGCAGCUGCACAUCGAGAACAACGCCAUUGCAUGUGGGUCCGUGGCUCACACUGAGAUCGAGUACAAGUUCACCAAGGAAUCGGAGCUGCUCCUUCACGACUUCUUCGGCCGGGCCAAGACGAAGCAGCUCAACAUUGCAGGCUUCCCUGAUUUCACGGCGGCCUUGUCCGACUUGAGCAAAGUGCACACGGAGAGCGCCAGGUCUGACUACGAGUACCUGGUGACGCUUCCUGUGGGUGGCGACCUCAUCGUGCUUGAGGCUCUGAUGUCGAAGUUCCAGAACUCGGUCUUUUCGGGCGAGUUUGGUGCGAUCUUGAAGAAGCACGACGAGGAGUUCAACAAGCAGCACAAGAAGGCCAGCCUAGCAGAAGCCCGGUCUGAGCUCGAGAAUGUUCGAAGGAAGCGCGAGGCCAACACGCCAAGGAAGCUCGACAAAGCUUACGACGACAUGACGGCAUUCCGCGACGAACACAAGCUGCUGGAGACUGCGUGUGGCGAUGUCACCCUGUAUUACGACACGGAGGAGAACACAUUGUGGGUGGGGUCCGACCGAAUCUGUGGUAUUCCUCCCAAGGCCGAGUGGUUUGGUUUUGGUGCCGGGGACUUCCUGGAUGGGCCCACUGCCAAGGACAUCGUGAGUGACAGCAAUGGACGCUGGUAUGUUUACAGCCUGUCAGGGCCCUUGGCCGACACGAUCGUGAUCUUUGAAUCCGACAGAAAGCUGUCGGAAGAACUCAAGGCACUCCCCGUCUGGAACCAGGCCGUGAGCUUGAAGGAGUUCCUAGUGGCCAUGGAGGACAAAGGCGAGAUCGUCUCGUUUAUGGGCCACACGAAGGAAAACGAUCAGCUGAAGGUCAAUGAGAAAAUCAUUUUCGUCAUGGAUGAGAUGAAAUCCAGCCCUGCCAAGAAAAGACGGAUCUCGAAGGUGAGGCCACUGGUCUUCGGUUCCUACAUGGAUGCUGCGAAACUUCGCUCCGUUCGCUCCCCAUUCAAGCUGACCUGGCGCGUGAGGUUGAACAACAACCGGCAGAUCACUCCUGUGCGGCCUGUCUUGAUCCACACCACCGAGUCACGUUCCUUCAAUUCACCUCCCUUCACUGUGGACGCCUAUGAGCAAGACUUGCAGGCUUUGAGUGCUGCUGCCAAGAAAGGGGAAGAAAAGCCCAAGGGAGAAUCUUCCGGUCUUCGCAAGCUGGAGAGGUUCGAAGUGAAGGACAGCGACGAUGAGGAUGUGGGCUCACCCGAGGAGAUGUUCCCAGAGGAGGAUGAAGAGGAGGAGGAAGAGGAGGAUGGUUCGCCUAAGAAGAGACCUGCCAAAAAAAACGCAAGAGGCAAGCCAGGCUCUAAAAAGAGCAAGAAAAAGAAGCAGAGUGAGAGUGACGAAGCAGAUAAGAAACGCAACAAAAAAGAUCAUGACGAUGAUGAAGACUCCGAUGAAGAUGAGGAUGCGGAACGGCGCUUUGGCUACGGAUCGGCUGGUGUGGUGUCUUGCGAAAGCGAGGAAUCAGAACCAGAGGCAGCCGAUGCUGGCUUCGACGUGGCCGGCGGCCGUGCAGCGGCAAUGGCAGGUCUGGAUGGCCACCAGCAGCUGCCAGAGCGCAGUGUCAUGACGGUUGAUGCAGAGAUCCGGAAAGAGGACCGCUUUCCUAAGAUCGAAGCUUCGCCAGUAUUGGUCAUCUGCUGCAGUCGACUAGUGCUGCAGGAGAAGAAUGGGUCGGGUCAUGGUGCCGGUGAACCCGAAGAGCUUCUGCACGCCGCACAGGAACAUGCCGACAAGCUGCAGGAGAUCAAUGGCUCCUUGGGAAAUGGGGCGACUGCAGCUGCACCGAUGGAGCUUCCGGAGACCCUGCAGGAGUGUUACGCGUGCUGUACCUGUAAUGAUAACAUGAAAAGCUUGUCUGAUGCUGAUGAGUCGCUGUAA